UGGUCCACACUUGCUCUUACUCUUGAACUUUGACCUUCUAGUUUCCCUUUCUUUCUUCUUUUUUUUUUUUUCCAGUCUUAAAACCUAAUCAUUCUAUCUUCUAAAGCACAAAUCAAAUGCAAGGAAAGAGACCUUGUAUUGAAAUGUUUGAAGGGAGAAUUGGUCAGCACUCAGCAUUUGGACCUCACACUCUUUGUUUUUUUGAUUCCCCUUAUGACCAAAGACUGGUCUAAGCUGAAAAACUCGGUUUCUCAGUCAAAACUUCAUUCUUUUUUUAUACGUUCCAAUGCAUAUUUAUAAUUAUCUGCCUUCUCCUUCAGUGUCUAACUCAACCCAGCAAUUCUUUCAACUUCCAACCCUUAGCUUCUGCCUCCACUUUUCAAACAGAAUUCAUAAAGAACUUGCUAUUCUCCACAGUUCUCGCCACUUCCAUGUUAUUUGCUGCUAAUUCUUUAUCACUGUGGUUCUUCGACUCCUUUUGGGUGUUGUUAAGUGCAAAGUUUUCCUUUCCAAGCAAUCCAUUAUUUCAAGCGCAUCAGACUGGUUCUGUAUUGUUCAUUUAAGUGUAGAAAGAAACGAUGGAUAAUAGUUGCAACUGGGAGAAGAAGACACUGGUCAGUGAGCUAAUCCAAGGGAUGGAGCUAGCAAAACAGUUGAGAUUACAUUUGAACACAGCUUCUUCGGUUGAAAUUAGGGACUCUUUAGUACAGAGAAUUCUAUCUUCUUACGAGAAGUCUCUUUUGAUUCUCAACUGGAGUGGGUCGAUGGGGCAGCAGCAAAAUGUUGGAGCUACAGUUGGUAUUGUUCCAGAGUCUCCCAUAUCAAUGAAUGGAAGUCCUGGAAGUGAUGAUUUUGAUGGAGGUCACAGUGCUUUCUCAAAGAAGAGAAAGACAAUGCCCAGAUGGACAGAUCAAGUUAGAGUCAGCUCUGAGAAUGGGCUGGAAGGACCCCACGAGGACGGCUAUAGCUGGAGAAAAUAUGGGCAGAAAGACAUUCUUGGAACCAAAUAUCCCAGAAGCUAUUACAGAUGCACCUACAGAAAUAGCCAGAACUGCUGGGCUACAAAGCAAGUGCAAAGAUCUGAUGAAGACCCCACCAUACUUGAUGUCACUUACAGAGGAACACACACUUGUUCUCAUGGCCAACAUUCCGUUCCACCACCAGCAUCACCAGAAAAACAAGAACAGAAACAGAACAUUAAUCAACAACUGCAAUCACAAGAAGCCCUCUUUAACUUUCAAAAGAGCCUGAUAGUUAAUACUAAGGAAGAUGACAACAAAGAGAUUGCGGUUCCUUUCUCUUUUUCUCCUACAUAUGGAAGCAUAAAAAGUUCAGGCACUUAUUCUCCAUCUUUUAUAUCUCCAGCCACCCCAGAACCAAACUACUACGUUUCACCAUUCCAGAUGGCCAAUUUUGCAGGAGUUCAAAAUUUGCAGCACCAUUCCGAAUCCGAUUUCGCUGAGAUCAUUUCAGCCAAUACUUCUGCUGCCAAUUCCCCAAUUGUGGAGCCUGACUUCUCUCUUCAGGCACUGGAAUUGGAUCCAAACUUUCCGUUUGACAUGCCAGAAUUUUUCUCCUAAAUCCACUAAAACAAUAAAAAUAAGAAAUGAGAAAAGAUAACUUUUGGCUUGCAGUUGCCAAAGUAGUGUAGCUUGUAUCGCAAGCGAUGAGAAAGUCAUGCCAAAUGGGAUUAGUUAUGAUGAUAUUAUGGGAUUUUGAAGUUUUCUAAUAAAUAACAACAUUAAUUAUAUUGUUAAA